GGAAUUGCGACUGUCUAACUCACAGGGUUAGCGGGAGGUCGUGAAACUGGUGCUCCGUCCCCACGCCUGUAAGGGGAUACAGGUAGUGCAAUACACGAAUAGGAGCAGUUUUUUGACCGUCAGCACGUUUCCUCACUGGUAGAGUGAAGGAUGCAUUCCAGCCUUUUGGGUGCCCCUGUGCGGGGCUUCACGCCCUUUAAGAAGCAUAAGCAGGGCGUGCAGGCGCGUGUGGUGCUGCCGCGCGCUGCCCAGCCGCUCCGCCUUGCGGGUGUGGUCGCCAAUGCCGGAGCGAGCGGCUCGCGCAACCUUGUUCGCGCGAGCGCGGCCGCGCCCGCAGCGACAACGGCUGCGCCUGCGUCUGCUGCCGCGGUCGCGACCACUCCUUCCAACGGCGCUGCGCCAGCUCGCAGCGGCCUUGUGAAGGAUGCCCCGUCGUUCCAGGAGGCGAUUACCAAGCUGCAGGAGUACUGGGCGUCCGUGGGCUGCGCCAUCUGGCUGCCGCACAACACGGAGGUGGGCGCGGGCACCAUGAACCCCGCCACCUUCCUUCGUGUGCUGGGCCCCGAGCCCUGGAACGUGGCCUACCCGGAGCCCUCCAUCCGCCCCGACGACUCGCGCUACGGCGACAACCCCAACCGCCUGCAGCGCCACACCCAGUUCCAGGUGAUUCUGAAGCCGGACCCCGGCAACGCGCAGGAGCUGUACCUGGGGUCGCUGGAGGCGCUGGGCAUUGACACCAAGAGCCACGACGUGCGCUUCGUGGAGGACAACUGGGAGAGCCCGGUGCUGGGCGCCUGGGGGCUGGGCUGGGAGGUGUGGCUGGACGGAAUGGAGGUGACGCAGUUCACCUACUUCCAGCAGGCCGGCGGCCGUGUCCUGGACGCUCCCGCUGUGGAGAUCACGUACGGCCUGGAGCGCAUCUUGAUGGCGCUGCAGGGCGUCACCAACUUCAAGGACAUCCGCUACGCGCCCGGCGGUGUGACGUACGGCGAGAUGUUUUACCAGAACGAGUACGAGAUGUCCUGCUACAACCUGGACGAGGCGGACGUGGCGGGACAGCGCGCCCGCUUCGACCUGUACGACAAGGAGGCCCGCCGCCUGCUGGCCAAGCGCCUGCCCAUCCCCGCCUACGACCACCUGCUCAAGCUGAGCCACACCUUCAACCUCAUGGACGCGCGCGGCGCCGUGGGCGUCACCGAGCGCGCCGAGUGCUUCGCCGUGCUGCGCGGCCUGGCGAGGGAGAUCACCGGCCUGUGGGUGUCCCGCCGUGAGGAGCUGGAGCACCCGCUGGGCCUCAUCCCGCCGCCCGCCGUGCCCAGCCCGCAGCGCCCCGCGCCGCCCGCCAGCGCGGAGCCGCGCACCUUUGUGCUGGAGGUGGGCGGCGAGGAGCUGCCGCCGGAUGACGUGGUGUCAGCCGUGCACCAGCUGAGGGAGCGUGUGCCGGCGCUGCUGGCCAAGCUGCGCCUGUCGCACGGGGCGGUGCACGUGGAGGGCACCCCGCGCCGCCUGGCGGUGGUGGUGGAGGCGCUGGCGGCGGCGCAGACCUCGGAGGAGUCCAAGGUCCGCGGCCCGCCUGCCAAGCAGGCGUUCGCGGCUGACGGCGUGACGCCCACCAAGGCGCUGGAGGGCUUCUGCCGCAAGAACGGCGUGGAGGCGGGCGCGGUGUUCAAGGAGGCCGACCCCAAGGGCGUCGAGUACGUGUGGGCGGUGGUGAAGGACGCCGGCCGGCCCGCGGUGGAGGUCCUGACUGACGAGCUGCCGGCCCUGGUGGGUGGGCUGUCGUUCAAGAAGUCCAUGCGCUGGAGCCCGGGCACCGGCGCCGCCUCGCCCGCCUUCAGCCGCCCGCUGCGCUGGCUGCUGGCGCUGCACGGCGACACCGUGCUGCCCUUCGUGUACGGCACGCUGCAGGCCGGCGCCACCACCCGGGUGCUGCGCAACGCCGCCAGCCCCACACUGCCCGUGCCCUCCGCCGAGGCCUACCUGCCCGCCCUGGCCGCCGCCGGCAUCUCACUGCCGGGCGCCGGCCGCGCCGAGGCCAUCUGGCGCGACGUGACGGCGGCGGCGGCGCGUGUGGGCGGCGUGGUGCCGGACAGCACCCGCGGCGACCUGCUGGAGGAGGUGACCAACCUGGUGGAGGCGCCCAGCGUGGUGAUGGGCUCCUUCUCGCCCGACUUCCUGGCGCUGCCCAGCGAGGUGCUGGUGAUGGUGAUGCGCAAGCACCAGCGCUACUUCCCCGUCUUCACUGCCGAUGGCAAGUCGCUGCUGCCGCACUUCAUCACGGUGGCCAACGGCCCCAUCGACCCCGCGGUGGUGGCGGCCGGCAACGAGGCGGUGCUGCGGGCGCGGUUCGAGGACGCCGCGUUCUUCUACCGCGAGGACCUCAAGCAGCCGCUGCAGGACUUUAGGCCCAAGCUGUCCGGCACCACCUUCCAGAAGGAGCUGGGCUCGCUGCUGGCCAAGUCCGACCGCGUGGAGCAGCUGGUGCCGGCGCUGGCGGCGGCCGUGGCGGCGGCAGCGCCGGCGCAGGCGGCCUGGGCCUCGCCGGCGGUGCUGGAGGUGGCUGUGCAGGCGGCGCACCUGUGCAAGGCGGACCUGGCCACUAGCACCGUCACGGAGAUGACGGCACUGGCGGGCACCAUGGGCCGCCACUACGCCGCCAAGCAGGGGCUGCCGGCGGCCGUGUCGGAGGCGGUGUUCGAGGCGUGCCUGCCGCGCCAGGCCGGCGACCUACUGCCCAGCAGCCCCGCGGGUGUGCUGGUGGCGGUGGCGGACCGGCUGGACUCGCUGGUGGGGCUGUUCGCGGCGGGCUGCGCGCCCUCGGCCGCGACAGACCCCUUCGCCCUGCGGCGCGCCGCCUACGGCAUGCUGCAGACUCUGGUUGCCAACAAGGUGUCUGUGAGCCUCAAGGCCGCGGUCGCCGCCGCCGCGGCGCUGCAGCCCAUUCCCGUGUCCGCGCAGGUGCAGUCCGACGUGUUGGCCUACCUGGGCGGCCGCAUGGAGCAGCUGCUGGGCGACGGCGGCGCGGGGGCCGAGGUGGUGCGUGCGGCGCUGGCGGAGCGCGGUGACGACCCCGCCCUGGUGGCGGCCACCGUGGAGCAGCUCAAGGCGGAGUGGGAGGCCGGCGAGGGCGGGCGGCUGCGCAAGGUGAUGGCGGCGUUCAGCCGGCCCACCCGCAUCGUGCGCGGCAAGGAGGUGCCGCCAGCCUCGGUGGCGGUGGCGCAGGAGCUGUUCGAGGGCGAGGAGGAGCGGGCGCUGUUCGCCGCGUACAGCGAGGCGCGCGCCAAGGUGACGUCGGCCUCCACGGUGUCCGAGUGGCUGGCGGCUGCGGAGCCGCUGCUGUCGCCCAUCGACAAGUUCUUCGAGAAGGUGUUUGUGAUGUGCGAGGACCAGGCGGUGCGCGCCAACCGCUUGGCGCUCCUGCGCGACCUAGCGGCCCUUCCGCGCGGCGUCAUGGACCUCUCGCAGCUGCCCGGCUUCUAGACAGCUGGUGUGGGCUGGCCGCUUCCCGAAACGGGGCGUUCUCUGUGAUCAUAACUUAUGUGCGAGCUGAUAGACUUUGACUGCAGGAGCCUAAGACUGACUUGUUGACGCAUUUUGAGAGGAGCUAGGGGUUGGUUCAGGUGUCGCGUGGGCGUGUGCGCGCGGGGAUUCCUCCGUCGACUGGCGGGGCCCCGCCACGCGUGUGCGCGGGAUGACACGCGACAUGACCAUCAUGCUGGUGUUUGGUGUCGGUGUCGGCACGGGUGGGCCUGCUGUAGGCGCGUUGUGCCCCCAAUGAGGAGCGGGUGCGUGCUGUGACACAACGCCGAGAGCAUCACAGGCAGCGGGGCGCAAUUCGGGAUAGGGCUCAGGGCCCUAUGGGCCGAUGGCACACCACGGGCUGGUGAGGAUGCAGGCAGUGCGCUCCUGUCUUGGCGGUGGCGAGUGGAAGGACGUUGGCACGGCGGGAGCGGAUAUGUGCGCGCCGGAGAUCGCGGGCCUAUGCUGCGUGGCGGUCGCUGCGUGGCGGACCAAAGCUGUAACAGACGGUAUGA